AUGUUCGGUUCCAUUAAAGUCUCGAGGCACAGUUUGGUGUUGCUAAUGUUCUUGGUGCUUCUGCGGAACCACUGCUUUGAAUGCAAGCAUUUGCAUGAAGAUGAUAGCAACGACGAAAAUAAAGAUGUUGAAAGUACUCUUGAUGAAAUCGAUGCUACCGAGAAAGUAGGCUAUGAUGUGGUUGAAGAGGAAGAUGGAUCAAAAAGCAAAGACCCAGAGGAAAACCCAGAUUCAUGGCUGCCUCCAAAGACAGCGAUAGCAGAAGAGAUCGACGAGAUCAAUAAAAUUGAAGGGGCCAAAGGCCUAACUGAUGGUGAUAUUCUGCCACCAACGACUGUGAAUGCGGCUGCAGAUAGAAACGAAAACGAGAAACGAAAUGCAGUGCGCAACAGAGGCCAAAUAUGGAGGACGCGUGUCAUUCCAUACCACAUUGAUCGCUCGAUAACAUCAUAUGUUCGAAGGAAAAUUACGCAGGCUAUAAAGGAAUUUGAGAAAAAGACUUGCCUCCGUUUCAAGAGAGUCUCAACGUCCACUCGUGAACAUUAUAUUAAAUUCUUCCGAGGAAGAGGGUGCUAUUCAUCGGUGGGUAAGACGAGAAGACGAUUUCAACUUGUAUCAAUUGGGUAUAGAUGUGGAAGAUACGGCACCAUUAUUCACGAGAUUAUGCAUGCUCUUGGGUUUUACCAUGAGCACAGUCGUUAUGAUAGGGACAAGUAUAUCAAAAUUCAGUUCUCGAACAUUUUGCCGGGUACAGAUCUCAACUUCAAGAAAAACCGAAUUCAAGACAUGACUACUCUUGGUCUGCCGUAUGACUACGAUGGAGUGAUGCAUUAUGGAGCCUUUGCAUUCACAAAGAAUUUCAGGAGUCCCACGAUCAUUAAGCUAGGAAAGGGUGGGCAUAUAGGACAAAGAAGAGGCUUCAGCAAAACUGAUCUGCUACAGAUCAAUGCACUGUAUGAUUGCAAAACAAGCAGCGCAUAUAAUGACUUGAGCAGCUGGUCGAACUGGAGUCCUUGCAUUGAUUAUGGCUUAGGAAGAAGGGAGUAUAGCCAACGAUUCUGUUUCAGAGAGAAUCGCAGACGUUGUCCAGGUGCAGGUAGAUACGGGACGCAAAGAAGAUCUAGGUCUUGCACCUCUGAUGACGUCAUUACACUGUCUAGGGAAGAGGCCGAGGAAGCAGAGGAAGCUUCAGCAGACGAUGAUGUCCCUGCAUCAACUGACGGGUCAGCAACCAAGGAGGUCGAGAAGUAUCAAGUAGAAGAUGAGGAGAAUCCAGAAGAAGUAAAAAAAGAAUCAACGGUUGAUGAUCCUUCAAAAUCUGACCCAAAGGAAGUUAGCGACGACAUCUCAAAAUCUGACCCAAAGAAAGUUAGCAAAGAUACCGCUCCUGUGGCUGAAGAGGAAGAUGAAUCCAAAAGCAAAGACCCAGAGGAAAACCCAGAUUCAUGGCUGCCUCCAAAGACAGCGAUAGCAGAAGAGAUCGACGAGAUCAAUAAAAUUGAAGGGGCCAAAGGCCUAACUGAUGGUGAUAUUCUGCCACCAACAACUGUGAAUGCGGCUGCAGAUAGAAACGAAAACGAGAAACGAAAUGCAGUGCGCAACAGAGGCCAAAUAUGGAGGACGCGUGUCAUUCCAUACCACAUUGAUCGCUCGAUACCAUCAUAUGUUCGAAGGAAAAUUACGCAGGCUAUAAAGGAAUUUGAGAAAAAGACUUGCCUCCGUUUCAAGGGAGUCUCAACGUACACUCGUGAACAUUAUAUUAAAUUCUUCCGAGGAAGAGGGUGCUAUUCAUCGGUGGGUAAGACGAGAGGACGAUAUCAACCUGUAUCAAUUGGGUAUAGAUGUGGAAGAUACGGCACCAUUAUUCACGAGAUUAUGCAUGCUCUUGGGUUUUACCAUGAGCACAGUCGUUAUGAUAGGGACAAGUAUAUCAAAAUUCAGUUCUCGAACAUUUUGCCGGGUACAGAUCUCAACUUCAAGAAAAACCGAAUUCAAGACAUGACUACUCUUGGUCUGCCGUAUGACUACGAUGGAGUGAUGCAUUAUGGAGCCUACGCAUUCACAAAGAAUUUCAGGAGUCCCACGAUUAUUAAGCUAGGAAAGGGUGGGCAUAUAGGACAAAGAAGAGGCUUCAGCAAAACUGAUCUGCUACAGAUCAAUGCACUGUAUGAUUGCAAAACAAGCAGCGCUUAUAAUGACUGGAGCAGCUGGUCGAACUGGAGUCCUUGCAUUGAUUAUGGCUUAGGAAGAAAGGAGUAUAGCCAACGAUUCUGUUUCAGAGAGAAUCGCAAACUUUGUCCAGGUGCAGGUAGAUACGGGACGCAAAGAAGAUCUAGGUCUUGCACCUCUGAUGACGUCAUUACAUUGUCUAGGGAAGAGGCCGAGGAGGCAGAGGAAGCUUCAGCAGACGAUGAUGUCCCUGCAUCAACUGACGGGUCAGCAACCAAGGAGGUCGAGGAAUAUCAAAUAGAAGUUGAGAAGGAUUCAUAAGAAGUCGAAAAAGAAUCAACUGGUCGUUUGAAAUAAAGAUUAGCCUUUCAUCGUUCUUUGCAUUGAUUAUUUUAACGUUCUUGUAUUCUGAUUGGAUGGAUGAUAUCAAAGAAUGAUGAACCUAAGAAUUUGUUGGCGGUCCAAAUUUAACUUGAACCCUUUUGUAACCUGACCAAUCAUAGUCUUUUAUUUCCAAUCGGGUGAACGAAAAUAACAAUGAUUCGUUAGCAAAUUUGAAAUCUUUCAUUGACCAUAUCUCACCCGAGUAUAGACAUAUUUGACUGAACUUGCAUCAUUGGAAGUAUUACAUGAUGUUCUUUUAUGCUAUGUAUGUGGUUAAGAUUCUAAAAAUAGCUUUUUGUGACGUCACACUUAAGAACUCUAUCUCUCUUUGUUAACCCUAAUGUGUAUUAACCCAAGCGUAUAGUAAUUGCUUAUUGUUUUGCGUUAUUAGCUUAUGUUUAUAACCACAUGCUAGAGGUCUCUAAUAGCUUUUGAUUAACAGAGUUCGCUGAAA